GUGAUAUAGUACCAUACUAUAUUAUAGCACGUGCUAAAGCUAAAUGCUUAUUAGUUAGUACUUUGAUUCGAUAAAGAAUUAAAUUUGUAAUAUUUAUUAAAGAUUUACUAAUUUUUAUUUUUGUAUAGGCAGCGAAAACUAUCAUGGUUGUAUUCACUUGUAACAAUUGUGGUGAUUCAGUAAAUAAGCCUAAAGUAGAGAAACACAUACAGUAUGAAUGCAAACGCAAGAAUUUUGCUGUUAGUUUCUGUUGCGUUGACUGCUUAAAGGAUUUUAAUUAUGAGACUGUAAGAGAUCAUUGUCAGUGUGUCACUGAAGACCAGAGAUAUUCUGCAAAAGGCUAUGUACCUAAACCAUCAGCUGAAAAAGGAAAACGUAAACAAGCUGGUUGGGUUGAUAUUGUUCAAUCUGUAAUGAAUAAUAAAGAUUUGCCUAAUGAACAAAGACAAUUUUUGAAUAUUAUAGCUAAGUUUGAUAAUGUCCCAAGAAAAAAAAAUAAAUUUCAGAACUUUUGUUUUUCUACCGCUCCUGCUUAUAGAAAAAAAGAAUAUAUAGUAGACCAAGUUUUUGAUAUGAUAGAAGCUGAAUAUAAAGCACAACAAUCUCAGAAUUCAAAUGAAAAAACAGUUGAUAAUAAAUCAAAGGAUUUAGAGAAGAAUGACUCAACUCAAAAUGAAACUGAAGGAAUUGAAAAAAAAAUGAACAUUGAAAACAAUGAAAUAGUUACAAGUUUAAAUGGUGAUGAUAAAACAGAGGAGCCACCAAAAAAAAAGAAGAAAAAAAGUAAAAAAUCUCUUGAUGCAGAAAAUGUCACUGAAGAAAAAUUGGAUGUAAAUGAUUCAAACACAACAGAAACUCAAUCUAGCUCAGCUAAAAAGCUUAAAAAAAAUAAAAAUAAUGAUUCAGUUCAAGAAUUACAAGAAACUAAGAAAAACACGAUCAUUGAUACUGAAACAAUUGAAAAAUUGAAUGGUAAUUUUAGUGAGGAAACACCAAAAAAGAAAAAAAAAAGUAAAAAAUCUCUUGAUGCAGAAAAUGUUGAACAAAACUCAGCAAAGAAAAAGAGCGUACUAGAAAUUAACUUUGGCACUGAAGACAUUUUGAAUGUAAAAGAUAAGAACACAGCAGCAGCUCAGCCAAGCUCAUCCAAAAAAUCUAAGAAAAAUAAAAAUAAAUCAGAAAUAGAAGUAAAUAAUGAUACAACUCUUAAUGUUUUUUCAAAAACUGAAAAUAUAUGUAAAGAUAAUGGGGAAAAUGGAAUUCUUCAGGAAAAAUCGGAAUUACAAAUGAGCAAAAAAGAGAAAAAAGAAAUGAAAAAAAAAUUAAAAUACCAACAAGAAUUAACAACUGUUUCCAAUGGCAUAACAGAAUCAGAUAAAGAACCAAUUUUAAAAAAGAAAAAGAGGAAGUUAACUAACAAUGAAGAAAAUGAAGAACCACAACAAAAAAUGUUGAAAACUGAAAAUACCCCUCAAGUUCCAGAAGUACAGUCUGGGCGUAAAUUUGAGUGGAAUGAAGCUAUAAAUCAAGUAUUGCAAACAAAAAAAAAUAAACCAAUGUCAUUAAGUAAAGUAAUGAAAAGAGUUAUGUGUGAAUUUCAUUUUUUGAAUGAAGCUAAAAAGUCUGAAAAUGAUCUGGAGAAGAUAUUUUUGAAAAAAAUUAGGAAGAUGAAAAAUGUUAAGAUUGAAAAUGAUAAGGUACAAUUAGUAGAAUGUUAAUUUAGUAUUUUGUAUUUUAAUUUAAGACUAUUAAUAAAUAACUUAAUAUGAUACCAUUAAA